CUCUGAGGAAAAAAGAAACAAAGAUAGAAGUCACAAUCGCUCACACCUAACCGAGCAAAUGAUGACACAUACUGGAAAAAAACCACAUGAGUGUUCUCAGUGUGGAAACUCCUUUAAGGACACUUCUAGCCUCAAGAGACACCAGAGGAUCCAUACUGGUGAAAAGCCGUAUCAGUGUUCUCAGUGUGAAAAGGCCUUUAGCCAAAUAGGUCCUCUCAAGACACACCAGAGGAUCCACACUGGGGAGAAGCCGUAUCAGUGUUCUCAGUGUGAAAAGGCCUUUAGCCAAAUAGGUCCUCUCAAGACACACCAGAGGAUCCAUACUGGGGAAAAGCCGUAUCAGUGUUCUCAGUGUGGAAAGGCCUUUAGACACAUGUCUGCUUUCAAGACACACCAGAGGAUCCAUACUGGGGAAAAGCCGUAUCAGUGUUCUCAGUGUGAAAAGGCCUUUGGCCAAAUAGGUCCUCUCAAGACACACCAGAGGAUCCAUACUGGGGAAAAGCCGUAUCAGUGUUCUCAGUGUGGAAAGGCCUUUAGCCAAAUAGGUCAUCUCAAGACACACCAGAGGAUCCAUACUGGGGAAAAGCCUUCAUGUUCUCAGUGUGAAAAGGCCUUUAGCCAAAUAGGUCAUCUCAAGACACACCAGAGGAUCCAUACUGGGGAAAAGCCGUAUCAGUGUUCUCAGUGUGGAAAACCCAAUUGCUCACACCUAACCGAGCAGAUGAUGACACAUACUGGAAAAAAGCCACAUGAGUGUUCUCAGUGUGGAAACUCCUUUAAGGACACUUCUAGCCUCAAGAGACACCAGAGGACCAUACUGACACACCAGAGGAUCCAUACUGGGGAAAAGCAGUAUCAGUGUUCUCAGUGUGAAAAGGUCUUUAGCCAAAUAGGUCCUCUCAAGGCACACCAGAGGAUCCAUACUGGGGAAAAGCCAUAUCUGUGCACUACUUGUGGGAUGAGUUUCAAGAGGAAAUCAUGUCUCACCACCCAUCAGAUGACACACUCGGGAGAAAAUCCACAUCACUGUUCAGAGUGUGGGAAGGUCUUUAGCCACAUGUCUGCUCUCAAGGUACACCAGAGGAUCCAUACUGGGGAAAAGCCGUAUCAGUGUUCUCAGUGUGGGAAGGCAUUUAGAACAAAUGAUCAACUCAAGACACACCAGAGGACCCAUACUGGUGAAAAGCCGUAUCAUUGUUCUCAGUGUGGAAAGGCCUUUAGUGCAAUUAAUCAUUUAAAGACACACCAGAGGAUCCAUACUGGGGAAAAGCCGUAUCAGUGUCCUCAGUGUGGAAAGGCCUUUAGACACAUGUCUACUCUCAAGACACACCAGAGGAUCCAUACUGGGGAAACCCGGUGUCCUCAGUGUGGAAAGGCCUUUAGUAUAAUUGGUUAUCUCAAGACACACCAGAGGAUCCAUACUGGGGAAAAGCCAUAUCAGUGUUCUCAGUGUGGAAAUGCCUUUAGUAUAAUUGGUUAUCUCAAGAGACACCAGACUAUCCACAGUUCUGAUAAGCCUUUUGUCUGUUCUGAAUGUGGGAAGAGCUACAGAAGUCCAAAUCGCUCACACCUAACCGAGCAUAUGAUGACACAUACUGGAAAAAAGCCACAUGAGUGUUCUCAGUGUGGAAACUCCUUUAAGGAAACUUCUAGCCUCAAGAGACACCAGAGGAUCCAUACUGGUGAAAAGCCGUAUCAGUGUUCUCAGUGUGGAAAGGCCUUUAGCCAAAUAGGUCCUCUCAAGACACACCAGAGGAUCCAUACUGGGGAAAAGCCGUAUCAGUGUUCUCAGUGUGGGAAGGUCUUUAGUCACAUGUCCUCUCUCAAGAUACACCAGAGGAUCCAUACUGGGGAAAAGCCGUAUCAGUGUUCUCAGUGUGGGAAGGUCUUUAAUCACAUGUCUGAUCUCAAGAAACACCAGAGGAUCCAUACUGGGGAAAAGCCAUAUCAGUGUUCUCAGUGUGGGAAGGCCUUUAGUACAAAUGAUAAUUUAAAGACACACCAGAGGAUCCAUACUGGUGAAAAGCCAUAUCAGUGCAUUACUUGUGGGAAGAGUUUCAAGACAAACUCCCAUCUCACCUCCCAUCAGAUCACACACUCUGGAGAUAAGCCACAUCACUGUUCAGAGUGUGGGAAGGUCUUUAGUCACAUGUCUGCUCUCAAGGUACACCAGAGGAUCCAUACUGGGGAAAAGCCGUAUCAGUGUUCUCAGUGUGGAAAGGCCUUUAGUACAAUUGAUCAUUUCAAGACACACCAGAGGAUCCAUACUGGGGAAAAGCCGUAUCAGUGUUCUCAGUGUGGAAAGACCUUUACUCGAGCGUAUCAUCUCAAGAGCCACCAGAGGAUCCAUACUGGGGAAAAGCCGUAUCAGUGUUCUCAGUGUGGAAAGGACUUUAGUCACAUGUCUGCUCUCAAGAAACACCAGAGGCUCCAUACUGGUGAAAAGCCGUAUCAGUGUUCUCAGUGUGGAAAGGCCUUUAGCCAAAUAGGUCAUCUCAAGACACACCAGAGGACCCAUACUGGGGAAAAGCCAUUUCAGUGUUCUCAGUGUGGGAAGGUCUUUAGUCAAAUGUCUGCUCUCAAGACACACCAGAGGAUCCAUACUGGUGAAAAGCCGUAUCACUGUACUCAGUGUGGAAAAGCCUUUAGCGAAAUAGGUAAUCUCAAAACACACCAGAGGAUCCAUAGUGGGGAAAAGCCGUAUCAGUGUUCUCAGUGUGGGAAGGCCUUUAGUACAAAUGCUAAUUUAAAGACACACCAGAGGAUCCACGGUUCUGAUCAUAUGAUGACACACACUAGAAAAAAGCCACAUGAGUGUUCUCAAUGUGGAAACUCCUUUAAGGACACUUCUAUUCUCAAGCUACACCAGAGGAUCCAUACUGGGGAAAAGCCAUAUCAGUGUUCUCAUUGUGGAAAGGCCUUUAGCCAAAUAGGUAAUCUCAAGACACACCUGAGGAUCCAUACUGGGGAAAAGCCAUAUCAGUGUUCUCAGUGUGGAAAAGCUUUUAGCCAAAAAGGUCCUCUCAAGACACACCAGAGGACCCAUACUGGGGAAAAGCCGUAUCAGUGUUCUCAGUGUGGGAAGGUCUUUGGUCACAUGUCUGCUCUCAAGACACACCAGAGGACCCAUACUGGAGAAAAGCCGUAUCAGUGUUCUCAGUGUGAAAAGGCCUUUAUUACAAAAGGUCAUCUCAAGACACACCAGAGGAUCCAUACUGGGGAAAAGCCGUAUCAGUGUUCUCAGUGUGGAAAGUUCUUUAACCAAAUAGGUCCUCUCAAGACACACCAGAGGACCCAUACUGGGGAAAAGCCGUAUCAGUGUUCUCAGUGUGGAAAGGCCUUUAGUCACAUGUCUGCUCUCAAGACACACCAGAGGAUCCAUACUGGGGAAAAGCCGUAUCAGUGUUCUCAGUGUGAAAAGGCCUUUAGCCAAAUAGGUACUCUCAAGACACACCAGAGGAUCCAUACUGGGGAAAAGCCGUAUCAGUGUUCUCAGUGUGGAAAGGUCUUUAGUCACAUGUCUACUCUCCAGACACACCAGAGGAUCCAUACUGGGGAAAAGCCGUAUCAGUGUUCUCAGUGUGGAAAGGCCUUUCGCCAAAUGGGUACUCUCAAGAAACACCGGAGGAUCCAUACUGGGGAAAAGGCGUAUCAGUGUUCUCAGUGUGGAAAGGCCUUUAGUACAAUUGAUCAUCUCAAGACACACCAGAGGAUCCAUAGUGGGGAAAAGCCGUAUCAGUGUUCUCAGUGUGGUAAGGCCUUUAGCCAAAUAGGUCAUCUCAGGACACACCAGAGGAUCCAUACUGGGGAAAAGCCGUAUCAGUGUUCUCAGUGUGGAAAGGCCUUUGGUACAAAUGAGCAUUUCAAGACACAUCAGAGGAUCCAUACUGGGGAAAAGCCUUAUCAGUGUUCUCAGUGUGGGAAGGACUUUAGACACAUGUCUGCUCUCAAGAAACACCAGAGGAUCCAUACCGGGGAAAAGCCGUAUCAGUGUUCUCAGUGUGGAAAGGCCUUUCGCCAAAUGGGUACUUUCAAGAGACACCAGAGGAUCCACGGUUAGGAUGUGCUGCCCUGAUAAUACUUGAUAAAGUUUUUACUUUCUUUAAAUGUCU